UCAUCGUUUAUAACGUUACUGUUGUAUUUAAAUGUAUGAUUUUGUGAUGCAUAUAUAGAAUGCCCAACGCCAGCACCAGGCCUAAGCGGGGCAGACGGAACCGUCGGGCGCAGGAGGACCCUGCCAGGAAUGAACUAGUGUCUAGGUCACUGGAGAGUGCCCAGCAGUGUCUAUUCAACCAAGACUACGGGACUGCCUUCGUCCACUACCCCCUUCUCGUCCUCAACCUGGCUCCUGUGCUGAAGGACUUUGCGCAGUGUGGAGAGUCAUUUAGGUUCACUCUGUUCAAAUGGGGCAGAUGAGUCCUCGACUCUCUGGGGCGCAUCCAGGACCUGUUUGACUUAGAACAGGCUCUGGAGCUCUUCCCUACUGAUGAGGUCAUCAUCAACAGCAUGGGUGAACACCUGUUCAGGGUAGCCCUCACUCAACAAAUGGGAUUCGUGACCGAGGCCGCUGGUCAUUUCCACAAGGCCCUGAAGCUAAAGCCGGACUACCCGGCCAAGGAGAACUUCUACCGCGUCGCCAACUGGCUGGUGGAGCGCUGGCACUUCCUGAUGCUCAACGACCGCAAGAGGAACCACGGGUACCAGCAGGCCAUCCAGAAGGCUGGAGGAGGCUGCAACACUGUGUUGGGGAUAUAGGCACACAGGGACCGUAUCCUCGGAAUGUGUGCUAAGAAGACCGGGGCGGCUGAGGUGUACGCCUGUGAGGUGUCCAAGACCAUGUACGAGCUGGCCUCCGAGGUGGUCACCGCUAACGGAAUGAACGGACGCAUCAAGAUCCUCCAUAUGAAGUCGCUGGAGAUGGAAGUGCCUAAAGACAUCCCUAAGAGGGUAUCGCUGGUUGUCACGGAGACUGUGGAUGCUGGCCUAUUUGGUGAGGGCAUUAUAGAGAGCCUUAUACACGCCUGGAAUCAUCUGCUUUUGCCUCCACAGAGUACCCAGGACCCAUCCACGCCUCCAUCCCAAACAGGCCGGGUCAUCCCUGCGGAGCCACUGUGUUUGGGAUGGCUGUCCAGAUGCCUGGAGAUCCGCCGCCAUCACAGGUGACCUGCUAUGUUGUCUGGGGUGGGGGGCCUGGCCAUGGCUGCAGCCGGAGAGCUCCACAGCCCAGUAAGCUGCAGCUCAGAGGAUGACUCCACGGAGCCCUACACCACAGAGAGACUGAGCAGGCUGCCUGGGAGGCUACACCCCCUCACUGAACCCUUCAAUGCCCUGGACAUAGACUUCAACAACGUACAGGAGCUGGAGGGUCUGUGCUCCAGGGAGGUGAGCCGGGUGCGUCUACCCGUAACUGGGGAGGGUCUGCUAGGCAUUUCUGUUGUGUGGUUCCAGCUCCACCUGGAUCAGAGAGCAGCCUGUCCACCGGACCCUAUGGAGGACACUUGCUGGAGCAGGCCUCUACCUGUUCAAACACCACACAAUUUCCCCCUGAGGCCUGGUGAGCUCAUCGUGGAGAUCUCCUGCCGGGACUACCUGAGACUCUGCAGCGUUGCCGUAGCGCGGAGCGGACGAGUUCCGUCCUAGGCGACUGUCUGGAUCCCAGACCAACCUAGAAACAACCCAGGCCGUGGCAAUCCCAGAAAGCCAAGCCUGAGCAUGAGGCAGAACUGUGCAGCGCUAGCCUGCCUCGGGACAGAGCAGAGCAGUGGACCUAGAGACUACACCAUGCUGGAGUGUGCUGAAAUGGCCUCCUCAACAACCAGCCCUACCGAUAGUUUCCGCAGGGCUUUUGCUAAACUCAUCACCAACCUGAGGACUCGUUCGGUCCAGGGUCCCAGCCAGGGUGAAGGGUUAGCGGUCAUGCCUCUCACUGACCCUCCCAGUGGCCCUAUGGACCCUGGUCCCGACCCCUUCUACGUGCUGGACGUGUCUGAGGGCUUCUCCGUUCUCUCCCUCAUGGCAGCCAGUCAGGGCCAGGUGAAGGCAUAUAGUUCGGUGAGAAGACCCAGCACCAGGGCGGUGCUCAGGAGGCUGGCCAAGGCCAGCGGUGUCCCAGAGGGAGGCUCUCGAGUUCUGGCUGGGCAGGUGGAGGAUGAGCAGGCGGUGCUCCAGAGACCCUCAAGGAGAAGCUGGGGCGCCAUCAUAUUAGACUGUGUGGAGACCUGUGGCUUAGUCAGGCAGAAGCUGAUGGAGAAAGCCACUGGCCAGGUAGAGACGAUGUGCCUGUUGGAGGGCGGCGGUCAGAUCUUCCCAGAGAGGAUUGUUGUCACGGGAUUAUGGUGGAGUCCUGACAGCCUGCUGCUUAAGAGUGCUGUCCAGGGCAGGAGGCCUACACUGGGCUUCAUCGCCCCGUUCAUCAACCAGUUCACUGUUCCAGUACAUGUGUUUCUGGACUUGUCCACUCUGCAGUGUAGACAUCUCAGUGACUCUGUAGAACUCUUUAUCCUGGACCUCAUGAAGCACGCCAACUAUACCAACAGAGGCGUCAAGGUUCAGGCCAGUGCCUCAGGCAGGGUGACUGCUGUUCCCUUCUGGUACCAGAUCCACCUGAGCGAGGAGAUCAGCGUGAGCACCUUCAGCCAGGACUCCCACUGGAAGCAGGCUGCCGUGGUGCUGCAGCCCCUGGAGGUGAGGGAGGGGGCUAGGUGCGGCUAGUGCGUCACCCCGAGCUCCAUCUCCAUAUCAGCCUGUAUAGAGGAUGAGGCUGAGGCGGGGACUGUGGAUUCUGUUAGAGAAUCUGCUCAGUGA